AGUCAAUCUACCGACGUGGAGCCAGAAGAUGGAGGAAGCUGUACCGAGUGAAUGGGCAUUUGUUUCAAGCCAAACGUUUUAACAGAAGAGCGUACUGUGGCCAGUGCAGUGAAAGGAUAUGGGGUCUCGGAAGGCAAGGCUACAAGUGUAUCAACUGCAAAUUGUUGGUCCAUAAACGUUGUCAUAUACUUGUUCCACUGACCUGCAAAAGGCAUAUGGAUUCGGUCAUGCCUUCCCAGGAACCUCAGUUAGAUGAUAAAAAUGAUGAAGUUGACCUCCCUUCAGAAGAAACUGAUGGAAUUGCCUACAUUCCUUCCAACCGGAAACAUGACAACAUUAAAGAUGACUCCGAGGAUAUCAAACCAGUCAUUGAUGGAAUGGAUGGAAUUAAGAUUUCUCAGGGGCUUGGACUACAGGACUUUGAUUUAAUCAGAGUUAUCGGACGUGGAAGUUAUGCCAAAGUUCUUUUAGUUCGGUUAAAAAAGAAUGAUCAAAUUUAUGCUAUGAAAGUAGUGAAAAAAGAAUUGGUCCAUGAUGAUGAGGAUAUUGAUUGGGUACAGACAGAGAAACAUGUGUUUGAACAGGCAUCCAGUAACCCAUUCCUAGUUGGUUUACAUUCAUGCUUUCAAACAACAAGUCGAUUGUUUCUUGUCAUAGAGUAUGUAAAUGGGGGAGAUCUUAUGUUUCAUAUGCAACGGCAAAGAAAACUUCCUGAAGAACAUGCAAGGUUUUAUGCUGCUGAAAUUUGUAUUGCUCUAAACUUCCUACAUGAAAGAGGCAUAAUCUACAGAGAUUUAAAAUUAGACAAUGUUCUUUUAGAUGCAGAGGGUCAUAUCAAAUUAACAGAUUAUGGCAUGUGCAAGGAAGGUUUGGGCCCUGGUGACACUACAAGCACUUUCUGUGGGACACCAAAUUAUAUUGCACCAGAGAUCCUCAGAGGAGAAGAAUAUGGGUUCAGUGUGGACUGGUGGGCUCUCGGUGUGUUGAUGUUUGAAAUGAUGGCAGGAAGGUCUCCAUUUGAUAUUAUCACUGACAAUCCCGACAUGAACACUGAAGAUUACCUCUUCCAAGUUAUUCUUGAGAAGCCAAUCCGGAUUCCAAGGUUUCUUUCUGUCAAGGCUUCCCAUGUGUUAAAAGGAUUUUUAAACAAGGAUCCCAAAGAAAGGCUUGGUUGUCAGCCGCAGACAGGAUUUUCUGAUAUCAAGUCUCAUACAUUUUUCCGCAGCAUAGACUGGGAUCUGCUGGAAAAGAAGCAAGCAACCCCUCCAUUUCAGCCUCAGAUCACAGAUGAUUAUGGUUUGGAUAACUUUGAUACACAGUUCACCAGCGAACCUGUGCAGCUAACCCCAGAUGAUGAAGAUAUAAUAAAGCGAAUAGAUCAGUCAGAAUUUGAAGGAUUUGAAUAUAUUAAUCCAUUGUUGCUGUCAACAGAAGAAACAGUAUGAAGGAAUGACAUCUUCGUUGUGGACAAUGUGAAUGACAUUUAAAUUUAUCCUUAACUACAGUAUAUGCAUGCGAGGCUGGGGAACUGUUAAGAUUUUGGAUGGAGACCAAUGAUUAAAAAAAAAUUGCUGCUGAAAAUCAAAGAAGAGAAUAAUGAUUUUGGUGGGUGUCUUCUGCCACUUAGUGAUUCUUAAGUUCUGGGCACUGACACAACUGGCUUCAUUAAUGAAGGAAUUUGCAUUUUGUGCCUGUUUCAUGAAGGAUUGAAACGUUCAUUGCAUCCCUGGAAAAGGAGAUUCUGAACAACUUUGAGGUCUACACACUUUCUGCAAACAGUUGAUGCAAUGAGCUACCAAUUGAAGAAUAUUGCAGUGUAACAUCCUGAAGAAUAAAAUAUAUUACGGUGGUGUUGAAGCUUA